UGGUGACGAGUAGACUGAAUUAUCUGAGUUAUCACUGAGGUUGUGUAACAGAGGAGAGAAAUAUAACGUCGACGACAAACAACUCUUAACUCGAGUGACCAAGAAGAGAGAUAAAAAUAAAUGUUACUCUACAGUAUAUUUCGGCUUCAGGAAAUUGCAAAAAAUUAAAUCGGAAAAAAAUAAAAAAUAACAAAAUAUGUAAACAGGAAAAUAUAAACAAGACCCUCAACUACUAGAAAUUCCGUAUUUUCCUGUAGAGUAAUUUCAGCGGAUUUACAAGUCUACAGCUACAGUCUCACCAAAAAUACCAACAGAGAAAACUCAGUAUGACGUCCGAAGAAAUCACAGAAAACGACUCCCUGAACUACGGCGAUGUCGGGGUGACUGUAGUAAACCACCCACUUGUCUUGAGUUACUGCAGGGGAGUCAACUCCACCAUAAAAUACCACAUAAAUGCAACCAACACGAAAGACAUCUGCGAUGGGCGUAUGUCACUGCCGCUCAUGAUAGCCAUGCUGGUGUUGGGCUUCGUCACUUUCUUCGUAAACCUGGGCGUCCUCAUUCGCACCAUCAAGAUUCUGCGGUCAGGACACGACAAUAAACCAGCGUUCUACUUUAUAGGUAAUCUGGCCCUGAGUGACCUCGCCAUCGGCCUCUACGUGAUCAUCGCCUUCCUCCUCCACGUGACAGACAUGAGCGACCUAUGGCAGCAGAGCACCUGCAUGGUCCAGAUUGCGGUGUCAGUGACGGCGUGUCAGGAGACCAUCUUCACCAUCACGCUCAUCGCCGUGGACAAGUACCUGUACAUCUGCCACGGGUUAAGGUACAGCUUCCUCGUCACCUCCACCAGGGUGUACCUCGCUCUCGGCAUCUCCUGGGUCUUCUCUCUCCUCAUUGGGACGCUGCCGGCCAUGGGAAUGCACGGGACGUGGGAGGAGGCGUGUCACCGCUGUGUGUUUGCUCAGAUUGUCUCCACCGACUUCACCAUCAUCUUCUUCAUCACUUCUGUGGUGGUGCCGUUCGCCGUGGUGGUGACCCUGUACUCCAUGCUGCUGGUGCUGGCCCUCAAGAUGCACAAGGCUCGUUACGGAGGCUCCUAUACGGGAGAUGAGAAAGCCAGGUCCUCCAAUUUUAGACUCUCCUUCAUGUCCAAGAGGUCCAAGUCGUCUAAAUCCUCUAACUCCUCCAAGGUCACCGUGUCCACGACCGUCAGCUCCUCCUCGGCGGUAUCGCAGACGAAGGUGAACAGGAGGAAGGCGAGGAAAAAGGAAAUGGCGGAGUACAAAGCCAAACUGCCAGGAAUUACUGAGAAGGAUGCGUCAGCCAAACUUAUACGUUAUAAGUUGCAGGACGACCAAGACCACGAGAAGAAACCGCCGACCCCAGAUGGUGAGAUUACUGAGAAGCUCAUCCGAGACCAGCUGAGCCAGGAGGCUGGUGUGGCAGAAGACAGUCUCCAGACGCUGCCUCUCAGGGGGUCAACAACGUGUCAGGGUGACGACGAUGCUGCCCCAGUGGAGUCUGAACACUCUUCUCGUCAGGAUAAUUUGGACAGUGACGGUGCGGAGGCGGAUGACCAGGCCAGAGAGAAGGUUGAAGAGAGUAAAUGUGGUGAUGGUGAGGAAGACAGAAGCCAUGUCUCCGUGAUGGUCGAUGAACGUGGUGUUGAGAGCCAAGGAAAUAGCGACACUGUUAGUGGGACAGGUAAUAUGAAUACGAUUAGAGUAUCAGGGGAGAUUGUGUUACCGGGUAGAGAAGGCAACAACUCGACAAUAAUAAAUAAGACCCAAGAUGUUUCAGUGCGUGUAACUCACAAGAACAAUGACAUAGAAGAUGCAGAUGCCUAUCAAGUGGUCAGACCCUACCAGGAGAUCAUCUACGACAGUGACGACGACUCUCCCGGGUCUCCAACUGACGAAGCUGUUGAUCAGUGCGAAACUUUGCCGCCACCUACUACUAGGUCAUGGCUCCCGACGAGGUACUUCAACCGCGUGGUGACAGACACCCGGGACAAGAUGCUAUUCCUGAAGAAAUGUAGGGCGGUAAAGACGGUGUUCCUGAUCAUCGGGUCCUUUUCGGCAACGUACGUGCCCUUCGUGGUGGGCACACUGGUGUACCGCGUGGGGACGGAGAAGCGGGUGUGUCUGCUGCACGUGCUCAACACACUUCUUUUCUGCGCCGUCGUCGCUAACUCCCUCGCCAACCCACUUAUAUACGCAUACGGCUACCGGGAGUUUCGCCUGAAGACCAAGAAGUUCAAGGGAAUAUUUGCCAGAGAGAAGCCACACAAAUUUAAAUGAAAUAUUGUGGUAUCCAAAGGGCUUCCUGGAGUUGCUGAACCUGUUCAAGUAAUUAAGUCGCAAUUUUUACCUCCGCUCCACCUGUAGGAGGUUUUCCUCAGGGCACUCACCCGAGGGAGGCGCUGGUGGAGGUACUCGCACUUUGAACCAGCUGUCAUGAGCUACUGCAGUAUCCAGUGAACCCUAUAAAGGUGGUGGUCCAGUACAGGUAGACCACAAAGUGUAAUUUUACCUUCGAUUUACCUGUUUGUCAAGGUUCCCGUCCUGGGAUCAGAGGAGUGUCACGGCACUUGAUGUGACAGUACAACACAAAACUAACUAUAUUGUGGGUGACGACGGGAGGCCGCCAAUACACACGGCAUACUGUACUGUAUAUUAUUUUCUCUUUUAGUACAAUUUUAAU